AACGUCUUUUGAUCGAGAAGAAUUUUCGCAGACGCUUAAUUUUGAUAUAUUUUUUUUUUUGAAAAGAUAACAAAAUCAGCCGUAAGAGAAUAUGUUUGGAUUGAAAACGUGGAUUUCUGUUAGAUUUUUAACUAAAUGCAGUGCAUGUUCAUGUGUGAGGCAAUGCCAUUUUUCUGUUUUAACCCAAGCUGCUAAACGCAAAAAUUGGAUGGUUGGAAGUUCUGCUCGUUCAAUAAAAAAGCGUUUGUCAAGAACACGUUCUUCUGACAUGUACUACGUUCAAGAUGGAAACAAUUCAUCAAAGAGACAAUAUUCAGGUCGGCCUAUGGUCACAAACACGAUGGAUGAGGAUGAAUUGCGCCAUUUUAAGUCUCUUGCCCAGUCAUGGUGGAAUGAAACAGGAGAAUUUGAGGCAUUGCAUGCAAUGAAUAAAUUGAGAGUGCCAUUUAUACGAGACGGUUUAUUGAAUCAUAGGGAUGACAUGUCAGAAAACCCGUCACAGCCAUUGCAAGGCCUGACCAUAGUAGAUGUUGGAAGUGGGGGUGGUAUCUUGACUGAGCCUCUUGCAAGACUUGGGGCAUUUGUUGUUGGUCUAGAUCCAGUGGAGGAAAGUACAAAAAUUGCUCAGCUUCAUUUAGAGGAAGAUCCAAGCCUCUUGCCACGUGUCAAAUAUAUUACUGGCUCGGUAGAGGACCUUGUUGGUACAGAGUCAGAGACAUUUGAUGCAGUGGUAGCUUCUGAAGUGGUGGAACAUGUAGCUGACCAUGUCGCUUUUUUAGAGUCUUGUUGCAGUCUUGUCAAGCCAGGAGGAUCUUUAUUUAUUACAACAAUGAACAAGACUACCCUAUCAAGAGGACUAGCUGUCUUUACUGCAGAAAGAAUACUCCGAGUUGUCCCUGAAGGAACACAUGACUGGGAGAAGUUUGUCCCGCCUGAAGAUCUGAAACUUUUGCUGGAAAACAACAAUAUGCAUACAAGACUUAUUCAUGGGAUGUUAUAUGUGCCUGCGCUACGGGAAUGGAGAUGGGUAAAAAAUAUAAGUAUAAACUAUGCAAUGCAUGCUGUGAAAGGAGAACAUCAUGAAACUUAGUGAUACACUGUAGAACAUUCCAGUUCUGCUGGCUGCUUUGUUUGAAAUAUUUUGAGCAAUUAUACAAUCAUAGAGCCGUACUAUCUUUUGAAAGCAUUGUACGUAAGAUGGUUUCUCAGGAGCUGCUGGACAUUUUAGGUAACUCUUCUCAACCAUUAAGACAUGUCUUAAACUCUAUACAGUUGAACCUUUGUGUCUUGAAUUCUAAGAUUCUAAGGGAUCAAGCACUUUACUUCGAGAUAACCGAAAUUCAACUUGAAAUGAUAUUUUGUGCAUGUGUUUUCGGGACCGAACUUGAAAAUAAUACGAGAUAGCCAGAAUUUUGAGAUACUGAGUUUCAAUUAUACAUUUUACUGUUUUGAAAAUAAGCCUCAUUUGUUACUGAGACCUUCAUUAUUCAAUAUGAAAAAAAGACAGUAGGGUACAGUAUUACUCAAUUUUUUGUUUUUCCAUGAAUACCUUUAUACGAGGGUCGAAGCAAGCUAUACUUGCAUAGUCAUGCUCAUUUGUGUAAAGAGCUGUGUUAUCUUGUGAAACCUCUUCUCAAGAGCUACUAGGUGUUGUGGGUAACUUUUCUCACAUAUAUAUUUUCCUUUUUUAUACGUAAUUAAGCCUUAUUUGUGACUGAGACAUUUUAUGCUCACUGCAAUGAAGUGAUGGCAUAAUAUGAUUUUGCAUCUGUCUGUUAGUCUGUAUAUACUUUGUUUAUAGUUGCCUAAUGCAUGAAUAUUUUCUUUUUCUGUCAAGUCUUGAAUGAUUUUCAAUAUGCAUAGGGUGACAGCUGGCUAAAUUACAUCUCACAUUACUGUUAUAUUAUUUGACUGUUACAUUAUUUGAUAAUGGUUCUGUCAUAAUAAAUGCUACUUGUUACACAG